GUAAAAAUUCAACAAGAGAAAAAGGAACUCACCCCCCCAAAUAUCAUCUACAUCGCCAUGGCAACUCAAGCAGGUUUCUUCACCCCCACAAUCACCACCCCAAAAUCCCUGGUCCCAUGGAAGCCAUCCUCAAUUUCCUUCUCCAUCCCCAUGUCCCUCAACUUCUCUCAAAGAAUCACUAGGGCUGCAGCUGCAGACGAGGCACCGGCAGCGGCAGCAGCCAUCACAGAGGAAGCUCCGGUUGGUUUCACCCCACCAGAGUUGGACCCAAACACCCCAUCACCCAUCUUCGGAGGAAGCACAGGAGGACUGUUGAGGAAGGCACAAGUUGAGGAAUUCUAUGUCAUCACAUGGGAUUCCCCCAAAGAACAAAUCAUCGAGAUGCCAACAGGAGGGGCAGCUAUAAUGAGGCAAGGCCCUAACUUGCUCAAGUUGGCUAGGAAAGAGCAGUGCUUGGCGUUGGGAACCAGGCUGAGGUCCAAGUACAAGAUCAAGUACCAAUUUUACAGGGUUUUCCCUAAUGGUGAGGUUCAAUACCUUCACCCCAAAGAUGGUGUUUAUCCUGAGAAAGCUAACCCCGGUCGUCAAGGUGUGGGUCAGAACUUCAGGUCAAUCGGGAAGAAUGUUAGUCCUAUUGAAGUUAAGUUUACUGGGAAACAAGUUUAUGACUUGUAAGAUGAGUGACUUGGGAUAGUGCUUAAUGUAACUCUUUCAUGUAUUUUUCUCCUUUUUUUGCAACCGCUGUAUUUGUUUACUGCAUUUAUGUAAAAUGUCUCACACUUUUUAGCUAACAA